UUAACAGUUUCCAGUAACAAUGACCUGGACUGGAACUUUUGCGGCACAUGGCACCAUGGCAACAACCCCCUGAGCCUGAACCUCAACAUCUCUAUUGGCUGUAAAGGAAUCUCAAUUUCAGCCAAUGAGAGCUUUCUGUCCAUCAACGGGCAGAUCACAGCCCAGUGUAGGAGAUCUGAAGUGAUUACCUUCAAGCACCUUGGAUAUGAAUCAGGAGGGGACAUCAAGUUCUGCCUAGACUGGGAGCCACUGCUAGACCAGUUAAUGCUGACAGUAGGAGAGAUGAAGCUUAUUCUGUGCUCACCUGCAAGCCUGCAGGAUUCCUGCUGUACUGACCUGAGUGAUGGCCCAAACACACAAGAAGCAGACUACGGCAUCCUCAAUACCGAGAUUAAUCAUGAUUUCAUCACCGACAAAACACGGAUGGCGUACAACUUUCAAGCGCAUUCCACCAACUACACAGAAUUAUGUGAACAGGUGAAACGGGAAUCCGGCCCCAACAAGUGUGCUGAGCCUCCAUACGCUCACAAAUCUGAUGUGGAGAUGAAGGAAGAUUUCAAAGGCCACAGCGUCACAUCACCUGCCAUUGCUGGUAGACCUGUCAAGUCCAAUAUCACUGUCCACCUCCCUGCUGCCUUAAAACAAGCUGCGAAAAAUGUUAACAAUGUAGCCUGCACUUUCUUCAAGAACAUCUCCCUGUUACAGGAGGCUCACAAAACUGCCAAGCCUAUCAAUGAUGUGGUGGAAAUCACGGUGGAGAACGAGAUCAUCAGAAAUCUGUCUGAACCCAUUAGGAUUGAUUUUUACCAUGAAGCCGUAUCUGAAAGUUAUUUAAGGACAUGUGUUUCUUGGGACACUAGAAAAGAUUCUCUGCAGGUGAACUGGUUGACAGAUGAAUGUGAGACACAACAGAAGGGGGAAAACCACAUUGUGUGUCUGUGUAACCAUCUGACUUACAUCACUGUGGUGGUGGAGAGACACACAGCAGACUCUGCUUUUCCUACAACAACAAAAACAGUACGAGAUAGUGCUUAG